AUGGAGCGCUACAGCAAUGACAAGUUGAACAAUCUCUUAAAAGGUACCAUUGAGGAUCACGAAUGCACAAAGGUGGCCAUUCUCGAGGGAGGUAUCGAAGUGUUUGGACAAGAACUCCGCGCUUCUGAUUCCACCGUCACGGCAUUUGAUCCGAAAUCCCUGCAAAGCUCCUGGUUCGGGAAAGUCGCGCACAACCCCAACUACGAUUGCUACGCCUGUCGCGGAAUACAGUCAAUGGAUGUGCUCAUUGUUUUCCAUUGUGGUGAAACCAAAGAUCGUGACAGAAAAGGCAUCAAUUUUUUUCUAACACAUUUUUUCGACGCCGAUACGGUUCAAUAA